UUUGAGAAACUUUGUGGGAAGUCUGCAAAACAUUUGUUAUGCUGCAUCCGUGAGCUUCCGUGUUUGUUCUGAUCCGAGGAAGCAUUCUGCGAUCUCAGUUUUCAGUCGGACUGCUUUGUGUGAAAACUACACUCCGAGCAUAAGGAGAGUGGGAGAUAUCUGACGCCUGUUCAAUUUGAUGCUCGGGGCUGACGUAGCAACCCUGAUGGUGAAAACUUGCAGAAACACUUCUCGUUGCUUCCUCUUUUGUUGAUCGUCUUCUCUUUGUGGAAAUAAUGGCAUGCUCAAAGCCAUGCUCUUUCGAGGCAAUAGUCAAAUGCUUCUUGGUUGGAAUCCUUUUCUUUCUGUGCAGUGUUAAGAGUGCCGUGAACGAUGGGGGUCCUUCUUGCUAUGGAGGAUUUGACCUGUACUUUGUUUUGGACAAAUCUGGGAGUGUUCAGCACCACUGGAGUGAAAUCUUUUACUUUGUGAAUCACCUUGCACACAAAUUCAUCAGCCCACAGCUGAGAAUGUCUUUCAUUGUUUUCUCAACCAGAGGUACCACACUUAUGACUUUAACAGAGGACAGGGAACGAAUCCGCAAAGGUUUAGAGGAGCUACAAAUGGUGUUACCUGGAGGCGAUACCUACAUGCAUGAAGGCUUUGCAAGGGCAAGUGAACAAAUCUAUUACUCAAGUGCAGAAGGUUACAGAACGGCCAGCGUCAUUAUCGCUCUGACAGAUGGCGAGCUGAUGGAGAACCUUUUUUAUUAUGCAGAGCUAGAGGCUAACCACUCUCGAAGUCUUGGAGCAACAAUCUACUGUGUUGGUGUCAAAGAUUUCAAUGAAACCCAGCUGGCACGGAUUGCAGACAGUAGGGACCAUGUCUUCCCUGUAAACGAUGGCUUCACUGCUCUCCAGGGAAUCAUCGACUCGAUCUUGAAGAAGUCAUGUAUUGAGAUCCUGGCAGCUGAGCCAUCAAGCAUUUGUGCUGGAGAAUCAUUUGAAGUCGUUGUGAGGGGGAAUGGAUUUUCCCAUGCUCGUAAUGUGGAUAAAGUUCUCUGCAGCUUCAAAAUUAAUGAAACUAUAACGCUCACUCAGAAGCCCUUGGUGGUAAAGGACACCUAUUUGCUUUGUCCUGCUCCAGUGUUGCAAGAGGUUGACAGAAAGGUCUUCUUGCAGGUCAGCAUGAAUGAUGGCCUUAGCUUCAUUUCCAGUUCUGUCACCAUCACAACCGUCCACUGUUCCGAUGGAACAAUUUUGGCCAUUGCACUCCUAAUCCUUUUCCUCCUGCUGGCACUGGUUCUUUUCUGGUGGUUCUGGCCCUUGUGCUGCACCGUGAUCAUUGCCGAGCCUCCACCACCACCCUCUGAUGAUGAAGAGGAUUUGGACUCGGAAGGAUUGCCCAAGAAGAAAUGGCCAACUGUUGAUGCCUCAUAUUAUGGUGGUCGAGGCGUGGGAGGGAUCAAAAGAAUGGAGGUUCGAUGGGGCGAGAAGGGAUCAACUGAAGAGGGUGCCAAACUGGAAAAAGCCAAAAAUGCCAGAGUCAAAAUGCCAGAACAGGAAUAUGAGUUCUCAGAGGCAGGAAUGCACAACAAUAACGUGGGUCGCAAGUUGAACUCUCCAAGAAAAUGGUACUCACCAAUCAAGGGCAAGCUAGAUGCACUGUGGGUUCUCCUGAGGAAAGGCUACGAUCGGGUAUCUGUGAUGCGCCCUCGUCCUGGAGACAAGGGACGUUGCAUCAAUUUCACUAGAGUAAAGGCCGGCAGGAAGCCACCCAGUUAUCCUUAUUACAACAACGUGCGAAACAAUGGGCCGGCUCCCAUCUAUUGUCCGACCAUCAGUCUUCCUCCGUCUCCUGCCCCGUCGCCUGAGCCGUCGCCCGUUAAUUCCACAACUUCGUCACCCACUCCAUCGCCAACUUGCACCUUGCCUCCGCCUCCGCCAGGACCUCCACCUACACGGGCUCCCCCACCGUCGCGCCCACCCCCACGCCCUUCCUUUUAAACUUGGCAACUCGAGUGGUUAAACCCUUCGUUUUAACAACAGACAGAAGGGGAACCAAAGAGGUACUGCGUAAAGGUUCUUAAUGGUCUGAAGAAGACAGCUUCCCUUUGGUCAGUUUGUAGAGGGUGUCUGCAGCAAAACAAACUCCAACUUACACAGCAGUAUCCUUUGAACUCGUGCCAGUUAACAUUGGCCUUAUUGUCUUCAACUUGAUCAACUGUUGCUUUUAAACGUGUGAUAUAUUGAUCUUUGGCAGUUACCAUUUUAUAUAACAAUGCAUUUUUACUAUUUUUCUGCAACAAUACCGAGUGUGAAGAUUCAACAUGUGUUUCUCUGCAUGUUGGAUUUUGACCAAUUCAUUGGGAAAACAAUGACUGUUGAGGUAGAGGGUGUAUAGCAGGAUCUGGCAAUGUUCCCUGUUAAUUCUGCUACCCUUAGUGUAAGGUAUAAGCCUUUUGGCUUAUCUUGUGGAAGGAACUAUUAUUUACCUUACUGUCUGUACAUAUUUGAGACAGGGAGAAUUUCCUUUGACUGGACCAUUUCCUGCCAAUUCAACCAUUGUCAGGGUCAUGUUUCUUUGAUUGGACCAGAAAUUGGAGUAUGUCAUUUAGGUAGGGAGUGUGGGUAGCUCCAUGUUAUGGGCAAGGGGAAGAAACACAUGCAUUACUCCAUCUAGCCCAUCCUCCCCGCUCUCCCUCCACUCCCAAUUUCAGACUGUCAAGGAACAUCACUGUCUGGGCCAGAAAAUGGAAAGAUGGAGUCCAGAGAGCCCAGAGGGAAAUGGAAAGGGUUGGACAUUCCGUCAACACAAAUCAGCUAUUAGCAGCAGAAAGGUAAUACAGGACAGGUCUGACCUCCUCGCAGUGUUGUCUAUGCUGGCAUUGGUCCCAGUCAGUCAAUGGUUAAUUCCUACUAACUUGAUCUCUUGGUAAAUUGUGGAAAACUGAAGUGCUGGUUUUUCACUUUUAGUUGUAAAUGGCAGUGUGAAGAAUCCUUUAAAUAAUCCAGGCCAUAAUCAAGUGCAAGCACUGACAGCAUUGUCAUUGGAAGAGCGGGACGCAGGCUCGAUACCCGCUCUCCACUGAAUUCCGCCACUGCCCCAGAUACCACCUUACUCCUCUGUCAAUGGAUGCCUGGGAGCAAGUAGUCCAGAUGGCUCCAAUCCCAGGGCAGGAGGGAUCAUGAAGCAAUGAGGGAUUUAUUGCCUUGAGUAAGCCAAAAAGUGCUUCCAGUGAGUAUGGUAAAAGUGGGUAUGACCUACUGGAGUAUUCAGUUAUACUAGAACUGAUCUACAACCCUAAAGGAGCAAAUAAGAGUGAGAAACCUUAGGUGUAGCUGUCUUUAAGUUAUAGAAGAUUCAUCUGCAGCUCAUUGAUGAGAAACUAAAUCAAAAUAAAAGGCAUGGAAAGACUUAGUUCAGAGGCUGCCUGCUUCCUAAAGCGUUUGAAGCAAGUUGUGUCGUUCACAGUGAUCACACCUUCAUGCUUUCCUUGAGUUCUGAAUCUAUAUCUGCCCAGCCAUCAAUAGAAAUCGCUGCCUUGGUCAGCUCUGACUCACUACAGUCUCUUCCCAAUUUUCUCUACACAUGACAUCUACAACUGCCUGAACAUUGCUGCCUCUCUCCCAUCCACAUCUGUAUCUGUAUGACCAGAAUCAUCCAGGAAUCAGAAACAAAAACAGACAAUGCUGGAGAUACUCAGCAGAUCAGGCAGCAUCUACGGUGAGGGAAACAGCUGAUAUUGCAGCUCAAUGACCUCUCAUUAGAAGCAUCAACACUUUUAACAGAUGCUGUCUUGCUCUCUGCAUUUUCUGUUCAUUAGCUAAGCAGCAUAAUAAUCUGCACUCCUGUCGAUAACUUAUGCAGUUUGGUUUGAGAAACUGACAACUUACUCUCUCAGAGUUAGAAGGAUUUAGACUGUGAACGUGCACAACUAAGAGGUGACAAACAAAUACAAAAGCAAAGUCCUGCAGAUUCUAGAAACCUGAACUAAAGGCAGGAAGUUAGGCAGCAUCGACACGAAAUGUUGUUGAUUUAAAACUAUAUUUCUUGCUCCACAGCUACUGCUAGACCUGCUAAGCAUAUUCUGUUUGAUCAUUAAAAACUGCCACCUAUAAACUUCGGAAAAAACCCUCAGGCCUUGCACAAGCUGCAGGAAAAAAAAACGUUAAUAAAUAAUAAGAAUCCUUGAACACUGCCCCAAACUCCUCAAACUGUUUUCUCAACCAAGAAUACUGCUUGGGGUGAUGAAAGAACCCUAGUUGCUUAUUGAUGAAGGGCCUCCCUGCCUCGUUCUACACAUUAUGCAGUUCUCAUUUAGUCAAGAGCAGCAAAAUCUGUAUAAAUGCUUUUUAAACCAAACAGUGGAUUAUAAAAUUUUCUAUCCUUGAAGAACUUUCAACUGACAUCUAGAACCAUUUGAGUUGUUUUAAGCAGAUGUUCUUAUAUGCUGUUAAUGAAGAGGUAGGUUUACCAGUACUGGUUACGGAUUAACAUGCAUCCUAACUUCCUCACGGGAUAGCACUUCGAUCUACAAUCGCAUGUAAAGGGACAAAAAUAGAACUGAAUAUGAAAUUCAGAAUUCUAUGGUCAGGGCCAACAUCUCCUUUGGAAUGAGAUGCUGUAUUUUGUGAGCAGUUUGGAGUGAACUCAUACCUGAGUUUGAGAUUCAGUCUAUGAGGACCUUUUGCCCCUCAAACCUUUAGGUCUGUUCUUUAAUCAAGAGGUCUGAGGAAUUAGUUGAAAACUUGCAAAACGUUACUGAACUGAUAGGAUUGACCAAAGCUUCUUCAUGCAGGGAAUGGUAAAUUAGAUCAAAGAAAAAAUUACUGGCUGACACCAUCUGGGAUUUAGAAGCCUUGCAGGAAAGACUAACAAACGGAAUCGAUUUCUAUUGUUUUGAAGUUCAGGGAUGAGUUAGUCAAGGCAGAAGACUGUUAAUUGAUUUCAGUGCGGUUUUCAUGUAAAAUAGAGGAAUCAUUGCGGUUUGAGAAUAAAAGGAAGCUUCAGAGAGCAUUGAAGGUAGAUGUACUGAAUGAACUGAGACAUGGGGAAGGAUGGCACAGAUAGAAAGGCUGUAAACUGGAUGUGAGGGGACAAUUUAUUGAACAGAUAACAUCAUCACUGUAGACCACAUCUUCUCAAUUAAAGUAACAAGGGAUAAGUCUUGAUGAACAAUAGUGUUCUUUUAGUUUGAGACAACUAUAACAAAUACGUGCAACUUCCCUAGGGAAGUAAUUCUUAAUCAGAUUUAUUAACCUCAUCAAUUGGUGCCAGUGGCUAAAUCCAGGGGGUGAACUCUUCCCCUCACUCCCUCCACCCAUUUUGCCUUUAGCGAUCUGUAACAAUAAACUCAGGCUAGUGGACUUGGGCACGGAGUAACCGGAGACUCGAGUAUAAAACACUGGCGAGAGUUUAUUCGCAGAAGAACCAAUAAAGAGACACAGGUUACUCAAAGCGAACGUCACUAUGGAAAGGCUAGUUCAAGGCUGAACAACGCAUGGUCAGCAGGUACAACUUCAAUAGUACAAGCCGAUGAAAAGCCCACAGUUACCAAUAAACAGCACGGAAAAUCUGGGAAUAAUUAACAGGCAAAACAAGCCACAAUUAGGUGAAUCAACAAUAUUCAGGUGAAGUCGAGCGGCGAGGUCUGAAGCCCUCGGAGACCUCCUGCUGCUACAAAGGGUUCAUUGUUACUGCCUGCUACACUGGUGGCAUUUAGGGCAGCAAGGAAGGUCCUCCAUCUUUGUCUGUCCUUGGCCAUCUUCUCCAUUGUGCCCCAGGUGUGGCCAGUGCCAGUCAUGCCUAUCCAGGGUGGUGAGUGAGGAAUACCAUCGCAUACAGGUAUAAAAGGGUUCCUCAUUGCUGGUUUUGACCAGUCAAGGUUGUUAGCCUGACUUGAACCCCCGAACCCAGAUGAUCACUCUUAGUCUGGCCUCUAGUUUGACCUGUUUGGCGUGGGGACCCUGCCAAGAGUAAAGCACAGGGCCCUGACUUCGGCCAACAUAGCUCUCGGGGUCUUUGAGGCAUGCAAGCCUCCCAACCCUGCGGCAAGUUUGUGGCCCUCUCGGAGGCAAAGGGUUCAUGUCACCAUCUAACGUUUGUCAGUCAUUGCAGUUUUCAGAAACGCAGGGGUUCCCUUGUUAAUGAUAAGGGCUGAUGGUAUAAAAAGGGUUGAAAACCUCUGCAGUAAUGCUUCAACAGUUUAACAAGAUACUCUUACUCACCGUCAGAGGCCAAAGUAGAGGGCAAAGUCUUGGGAAAGUACUGGAGAACUGCAAUAUCUUCAAGGAACAAGGGCAGUAAGUUGGGAAGGAUGGUGCAGUUCACCUACAUGAGAAACCAUUCUGUAAGGAGUCUGCACAUCCUUCCCCAUGGAGCGUAUGGGUUUUCCCCUGGGUGCUCCAGUUUCCUUCCCCCAGUCCAAAGAUGUACCGGGUAGAUUCACUGGUGAUUGUAAGUUGUCCCGUGGUUAGGUUAGGGUUAAAUUGGGGUUGUCAGGGGUUACUUGGGUGGCGUGGCUGGAAGGGCCGACUGCACGCUGUAUCACUAAAAUAAAAUAAAAAAAUAAAAUAUUCCAAGCAUAGUCAGAACUGGCUUCAUUUCAGGACAGCCUGAUUACACAGGAAAGCAUUGAGAAUGUUGGCAGCGAGACACAGUGGUUCUAAUCCAGAAUAUGGAUCCUAACAAAGAGUGAAGAACAAUGAUAUCUGGGAUCCAGUCUGUGCCCAAUCCCAAUUUGAUGGAUCCCAUGCCCGUGUGAAAGGCCGAUUCCCUAUCCACUCCUCAGCACUUCUGACUUAAAAAUAGACUCCACCUCCCCUUUUGUCAAAAUGGCCAAUAUUGGCAAUGAUUCUUCAAAACUGAAUUUGGUGUGAAGGAGAGGCUGAGGUUGCAGGGGACAGUGAGCGAGUGGGGGAGGAGGAACUAGAGAGAGAUUGUGAAAUGGGAGGUAGAAUCGCAGGUGAAGGUGGAGUGAAGUGGAUAUACGGUAAGCGCUAGAGACAGGAUGAGCUUCGGCGAACAAGGUUGUGUGUUGCUGUAGUUUUCGGGUGUGAAAUCGACUGGUGUCAGUGGUGUUGAGUGGAACUGAUUAUAUAUGUAUUGGAAUGAGCAGUAAUAGGCUUUAUUUUGCCUGACUUGGCCAACUGUCUCACCCUCUUCCCCAGACGAUUCCCUUAGUCACUCUGUAGCCAACAUUGUGCCAUCAAGGCCACUGGGAGAAUGCAGGUCCUGCUGUUCCACUUCCAGACCCCAGCACCACCCAAUGACAGCUGUCAGGAGUCUUUUCACCUGCUUCUAAAUAUCCCUGACAGAGACAUCCAAAACAUUCAAAUAUCACAAAAGUUUAAAAUUAAUGAAGAAAUUAACAUUAACCAAUGCAAUUAAAAUUUCUGGUGUAAAUUAAUUGGAAACACUAAUUUUAUUUAAAGUAAAAGGGAAUUUUAAAAAAUCACCUUUUCCAGCCCGUCCUACCAAAGGGUUUCGGCCUGAAACAUCGACUGUACUCUUUGCCUAGAAGUUGCCUGGUCUGCUGAGUUCCUCCAGCAUUUUGUGUGUGUUACUUUGGAUUUCCAGCAAUCUGCAGACUUUGUCAUGUUUAUGAUUAGACCCUGACGUUUAUUCUGUACUCCUAGAUGUAAUAAAUAGGUGCAGAAAUCAGAAAACAACUCACCCACAAUGAGUGUGUCUUCUGAUCUGCUGGCCAAUGUUCUGUAUGUUUUGGGUCUUUAAGUGGGUACUACUACCCUUGUUUUUUUUUGCUGGCUGCCAAUUUUUUUUAAUCACUGCUUUCUGCAUGGAAACUCAGGGCAAGUUGAUCCCAUAAUCUCAUUUCCAACUAUUGGACCUAUAUUGGGGACAAUACAAUGUCCCCAGUUUGCAAACUUCAAAAUAAAUUACAGUGUGCAUCAGCACCCUGUCAACAGUGCUCUCCCACUACUGCGGUGCCACACCUAUGGAUAACUGGCCAGUAGAAAAAAAUCACUCAUAGCACCAGCUGGCAGCUGGAACAGAGGAAAUAAAAACUCCUUGAGAAACUAGGCAGUAAUGAAGAAUUUUGAGGAAAUGGAAGUCAAUGAUGAAUGGUUUCAAUCUGUUUUUGAUACCUAACAUACAAUUAAGUCAGAUGUUGUCUGGAUUAUUUAAUUUUGUUCCUCCCUUAGGCAGCACGAAGCUACUGUGUCCAGUUCUCCCAAUGCAGCCUCCUGUACAUUGAUGAGACCUGUUGUAAAUUGGGGGUCUGCUUCGCCAAAUACUUCAGCUCUAUCCGCCACAAGCAGAACUUCCCAGUGGCCAAAUAUUUUAAUUCCUAUUCCCAUUCCAACAUGUCGGUCCAUGGCCUCCUCUUAUGCCAAGAUGAGGUCAACCUCAGGAUAGAGAAACAACACCUUAUAUUCUGUCUGUGUAGCCUGCAACUUGAUGGCAUGAAUAUCGAUUACUCCUUCUCUUAAAACAAUUCCCACCUUCUUCUAUUCCCCACUUUGACCAUUUACCUCUUCUCACCUGCCUAUCACCUCCCCCUGGUGUCCCUUCUCCUUCCCUUUCUCCAAAGGUCCAGUCUCCUCUCCUAUUAGAUUCCUCCUUCUCCAACCCUUUAUCUUUCCAACCCAGCUAGCCUCCUUCCCCUCUCCCCACGUUUUUAUUCUGACAUCUUUCCCCCUUCUUCCUCAGUCCUGAAGAGUAGUCUCAGCCCGAAAUGUCAACUGUUUAUUCAUGUCCAUCGAUGCUACCUGACCAGCUGAGUUCCUCCAGCAUUUUGUGCUUGUUGCUUUGAGCACGAGGUUCAGUGACCAGUACAAAGGUGCUGCACGAGGUCAAUGUUAAGCAACAGUUCCAGAGAGAACCCUGUCCCCCUUCGUAACAUCCAGAAUACUUUUGAUGCUUACAGUAUAUACACAUGUUGUCAGGUGUUCAGCUGAAGCCCAACUCAUUAGAAAGGUAAAUGUGCCAAUAUAAAAGACAAAUAAUAGCUGGAGACCAUCGAAAGUGUAAGGUCAAACCACAUAAGUAAUGAUUUAAUUCCUUCUCAGGCUUCAGUGUUGACUCAGUAACCUUUCCUUUUCAUUCCUACAUAUGAGCUUCUGUUGCUUCCCAUAUUUUAAGCUGGGGUUCUGUAGUCUUACUCUUGGUCUAGAGCCAAGCUUAUAUCUCUCAACUUCCUCCCAAUUUCAAAAAUCCUGGCAAGCACCUUCUCGAGAGACCCAUGCUAAUAUGACGGUAUGAAUACAAUGCACUGAUUAACUAUUCUGUGACAAAAAAAGGCUUUCUGCCUAUUAAAUUCAUACAAUAAUACAAAGAGGUUAUUCAGCCCAUUAGGUCUGUGCUGGCUCCUGCAAAUUUGAGUCCAGUUAAGACCAUAAGACACAGGAGCAGAAUUAAAUCACUUCCCCCAACAAGUCUGCUCUGCCAUUUCAUCAUGAUUGAUCCAUUUUCCCUCUCAGCCCCAAUAUCCUGCCUUUUCCCCAUAUCCCUUCAUGCCCUGACUAAUCAAGAAUUUAUCAACCUCUGCCUUAAAUACACCCAGCCAACUGUGGUAACAAAUUCACAGAUUCACCACUCUCUGGCUAAAGAAAUUCCUCCUCAUCUCCAUUCUAAAAGGAUGUUCCUCUAUUCUGAUGCUGUGUCCUCUGGUUUGAGACUCCCCCACCAGAGGAAACAUCUUCUUGACAUCCAAUCUUAUCGAGACCUUUCAACAUUCAAUAGGUUUCAAUGAGGUCACCCCUCACUCUUCUGAAUUCCAGUGAGUAGAGGCCCCGAGCCAUCAAACCUCCUUAUAUAACAAUCCCAGAAUCAUUUUCGUGAACCUCCUUUGAACCCUCUCCAAUGUCAGCACAAGCUUUCUUAGAUAAGGGGCUCAAAACUGCUCACAAUACUCCAAGUGAGGACUCACCACCGCUUUAUAAAGCGACAAUAUUCCAUCCUUGCUUUCAUAAUGCCAUUCCCCGUAUUCUUUUUCCAUAUAUCUGAUCCCUGUUUGAAAGCUAGAGGCACAAGAGACUGCAGAUGCUGGAAUUGAGCAACACUAGAUUUAUGUGACAUGGUGCAAAAGUCACAUGUCCUUCCACAGCACUCCAGACGAAGUGUCUCAUCCCAAAAUGUUAAUUGUCCAUUUUGCUCUGUGGAUGCUGCCUGAUCUGUUGAGUUCCUCCAUCACCUUGUGUGCCACUACUAUUUGGGAGUGCACUUCAAAUCUUAACCACUUUGCUCAUUGGAGAAUCUUCAGUUAACGUAUAGAGAUCAGCUUUAUUUGUCACAGAUACAUUGAAACUACAGUGAAACGCAUUAUUGGCAUCAAUGACCAACAUAGUCUUAGGAUGUGCUGGGGGCAGCCUCCAAGAGUCGCCAUCAUAGCAUGCCCACAACCUACUAACUCUUAACUUGAGCAUUUUUGGAAUGUGGGAGCAGACUGGAGCAUCCAGAGACACCACAUGUGGCCACAGGGAGAACGUACAAACUCCUUACAGACAGCGAUGGGAAUUGAAAUCCAGUGUCAGUGUACUGUUAAGCUUUAUGCUAACCACUUCAGUAGCAUGCUAUCCCAAGUUGUCUGAGUACCUGAAGCUUGAGCCCUUUUGGAUUGGAUCAUUAAUAAAAACUGAAGAAUGAAAAAAAAGGAAGGUGGAGAUAUUCUCUACAUGUUAUCCUGCCAUGGCUGAACUGGGAUUUAGCUGAACAGGCUGAAUACAGGUGAACUUUCCAAGCUUAUUCACCCUCAAUUUCUCUAGGAAGGCUUCGACUGGAACACACAGAGGGCCUGACUCUGGGGCUCCUUGCAUCAACUAGCGUAGACAGUCUGCAAGAUUUGAAAUCUAGUGUGAAUACAUCGACUUAAGAGUGGGAGAUCUAACAACCUCUGAGAACCUCAAUUUAGGUAGCUUUAAGUUCCUCGGGCUCAAUAUCACAAAUGACCUGACUUGGUCCAACCAAGCAGAGUCCACCGCCAAUAAGGCCCACCAGCGCCUUUACUUCCUGAGAAGGCUAAGAAAAUUUGGCCUGUCCCCUAAAACUUUCACUAAUUUUUAUAGAUGCACCAUAGAAAGCAUUUUUCUAGGGUGCAUCACAACCUGGUAUGGAAGUUGUCCUGUCCAAGGCUGGAAGAAGCUGCAGAAGAUCGUGAACACAGCCCAGCACUUCACACAAACCAAACUUCCGUCCUUGGACUCACUUUACACGGCACACUGUCGGAGCAGUGCUGCCAGGAUAAUCAAGGACACGACCCACCCAGCCAACACACCUUUCGUCCCUCUUCCCUCCGGGAGAAGACUCGGGAGCUUGAAGACUUGUACGGCCAGAUUUGGGAACAGCUUCUUUCCAACUGUGAUAAGACUGCUGAACGGAUCCUGACCCGGAUCUGGGCCAUACCCUCCAAAUAUCCGGACCCGCCUCUCGGUUUUUUUGCACUACCUUACUUCCCCUUUUCUAUUUAUGAUUUAUAAUUUAAAUUUUUAAUAUUUACUACCGAUUUGUACUCCAGGGAGCGCGAAGCACAGAAUCAAAUAUCGCUGGGAUGAUUGUACGCUCUAGUAUCAAUUGUUCGGCAACAAUAAAGUAUAAAGUAAGUAUAAAGGAUCAGUGGGGGGCCUUAACUAAACUUUAAAAGCUUGUAUUUCUUCCACUACAAUGUGUCCACCAUAGUCAACACGAAGCUCCUGUAACUCUUUGACUGAAAUCCACGCAUCAGAGUCAAAGUUGUAUUUGUAACCGAUAGGAAAGGGAGCUAGCUACUUUGAAGAUUAUACUGGAAGAAUUUUGCUUGGAUCUGCGGGGGGCUUCACUCAGCAGCUAGUGCUGAAGUUACUCAGUUAAUUGAACAAAUUAAAUGUGCUGGGAACUAACAAACUUUGGCAAGCUGGAAAGUCAGACAUUGAUGAUCAUCAAAGACACGUCUGGCAUAAACACGUUUCCUGCAGCCUGAUCACGAGAUUCACAACACCCAAACCUCUUCCUGAAAACAAGCAUAGUCACUGAUCUAGAAAUACCAGGCUUUGAUCGAGGAUGGCUAACAGUAAUAUUAACCACAAGAACUGUUGCCACAGUUACUAAGAUUUCAACUUUUCUACAUGACCUGGUCAAGACUUGCAAACAUACCACAAGGCCCACAUGAAAACCACCAAGUUCUCAAUAUUUACCCAAGACUUUCCAUUCUCCAUGGCAACUAGUCAUCCAUUUAUUGUAAAAUCUUCACUUGGUCUUCUGGUCAUUAAGUAACUGCUAGCAUUCACUGAAGCUUGGUGAGUCUCCUGAUGUAAUAAUUCCUAACGCACAGGAAUCAGGUCUCUUAAACUAAGAGAGAAGACUACACCUGCACAAUGCUCUCUGACUUGGAAGGUCUCUUUCUCCAAUAAUAUCAAUCCCAUCCUUGAAUUGAUGAGCAUGUGGCCAGUCAUCAAGCUGGGUGGUGGCCUUAACCCUGCAUGGUCAAAUUUGGAGCCAACCAUGAUUGUUCUUCUGGGCACUGGAGGGGUUCAGUGUCCCUGACCACUCAGCAGUUGUUCAAUCUUUUUUUUAUGUGGCACUGGAACUUAGGAGCUGGAAAAAAAGAGGUACACCGUACAUAACCUGUCUUGGAACAAGUAUCAGGACAGUCUGGUCACUGAUAGGAAUACUCCAAGAAGAGCUAGAAUAAGCUUGAUAGGUCAAAGAAAAUUGUUGGUUCAAAGAUUUGAAGUUGUUAAGGAGUCAUUUUGUGCUGCACUGACUCUACAACUAUGAUCAAAAUUAAUUGAAUAGUGGUCUCCUUGACUGUGACCUCCCGCAUUGUAACAUCACCUGAUCAUGUGGACUACACUGAGUCUGCUCAAUCCUUCAUCUGGUACAGUGUCUUAUAAUAAUUGGUCAGAACAGCUCGAUCCCACUGGCGCAAAAAAGCAAGGCAGUUCCAGAACACAUUUCCUACAUAAACACAAGUCGGUUAGUAAGUUUUCUUUAUUCCAUAAGCACAGGUGUGAACCAGCAAUGUCAGGUUUUAGCUGAGGAUUACCAAUUCCAAACAUUGGUUUAAACUUUAGCCAUUGUUGCCACUGUGAUCCAGAUUAAUACUCUUUUCCAGUCCUGGACCAGCCCUACACAUUCCACUCACGCCACAAAUACGACAGAGAAACCACCAGAAGCUCAAAGCUCUCUAUUCACCAUGAGCUCGUUAUGUGCUGUGUUGGGUCGUAUGAUGUGGACGAUCAUGGUCUUUGACCAUGAUUGUUCUUGGUAAAUUUUUCUACAGAAGUGGUUUGCCAUUGCCUUCUUCUGGGCAGUGUCCUUACAAGACAAGUGACCCCAGCCAUUAUUGGUACUCUUCGGCGAUCACCUGCCUGGCGUCGGUGGUCACAUAACCAGGUCGUGAUAUGUACCAGCCGCUCAUACGACCAUCCACCUCCUCCUCCCAUGGCUUCGCGUGACUGAUCGGGGGCUAAGCAGGUGCUACACCUUGCACAAGGGUGACCUGCAUCUAUGUAACCAUUCUUUUCAAUGUCAUUUAGGUUCUCAUUUUCGCUUGCAACAUUCAAAUCAAUACCGUGGUCCUUAAAUACAGCCUGUACCGGCCUUCACCCACCAAUUCAACAUUAAACCUACUCGAGAAAAUCUGGAAAUCCUAACAGCACACACACAAAAUGCUGGCAGCGAUAAGGAGUAAACAGUCGACGCUUUCGGCCAAGACGCUUCUUCAGGACUAAUGUGUGUUGCUAUAUUAAACCUGUUCUAUUCUCCCUACAUUCUCAUUAAACCCUCCCCCACUUAGCCACUCACCUGCACACUAAGGACGAUGCAAACUGGACAAUUAACCUUCCAAUACACAUUUUGUGAGGUGGUAGGAAACUGGAGCAAAUGCGCACAUAAUUGUUAGCGCUGUAAGUUAAAGUUAGGUACUUUUACAUCAUCUCCCCUCCGGCAAGCCUCACCAAACAAACGUCUUGGUACUUGUAUAACGAAUUAAAAGUGGCUGAUUUUUUAAAAUAAAUGCUACACUGAUUUUUUCUGCUGGAAUUACUGGAACUCACCUCCAGUAAAUUAUAUCUGGACAAUGGGAAACCCCAUUAACACACUACCAAUUUUUUUAAACAUUUUUUUCCGAUAUCUUGACAGUUUGAAACAGUGACUGGAGUAUUUAGUAAAAGUAACUGCAGGCGCAAAAACAGGAGUCUUUCAUUUAUUUAGACAUAUUAUAGAGUAAACCUAAUUCAGAAGCAUCUGUCCUUGAACUAACACUUCCCCAUAGCCACAAAUUGCAAGCUGCUUGCUGAGUAAUUUUAAUCUGAAAAUCAGCUUUUCGAAUAACUGCCGCUUUUGCUAGGUUUAUGAGUGAGUGUGUGGGCUGUAGUGCCUUUGGUUACUGUUAUGCUGGUAAAGAAAAUGAUAGGUUGGCAGAUCUUUAGUGUAAUCAGAAAUAAACCUCUUUCUUGACAAAGGUUUCCUUUUGUGCUGGAUGUCACAAACCUGAAGCAAGAUGAAUUCCGUAGCGCGGGCCCAGUUUGCAAACGUUCGAAAGUUAUGAGAGGCUGUGCUUCCCUGAAUAUUUUGGGGGGAGAAAGACUGUGUGUGCUUGUGACACCUCGCGGUGAAUACCAGUAUUGCACUAACCAAUUCUUUUGAAUCAGAAUCGGGCUUAUUACUGACAUAUGUCGUAAACUUUGUCUUGUGACAGCCGUACAGUACUUUAAAAUUACCCCAAGUUACAAUAAAAAUAAAUAAAUGGUACGAAAGAGGAAUAGUGAGGGACCGUUCAAAACUCUGAAGGCAGAGGGGGACGUGCAUUGGAGAAAUAAGACAAAUACCCCCGCCCUACCAGUAUAUCCAAGGACAAGGAGAGGGAAUAUCAACUAAACGGCACCAUUCUAAAGGGUGUGCAGGGGAACAAGGAAACUUGUAUGUGUAAGCGGAUAAAAAUGUAAACGUGGCAAGGAAUGUUGAAUGUGCUGUUUUUGAAAGCUUUUGGGAUCCUGAACUUCAUAAGUACAAAAGCAGAAGCUGAUGCAUUAUUUUGUAAAACAAUGAUUAGGUCACAGAGUACUGAGCUUACUUUUGGCUUUCUAACAACUUGAAUGCGGUCUUUGAGAGGGUGGAGAAAGUAUUUACUGGAAUAGUGUGAAGGAUUUGGGAUUUCAGAUACAACGUUAAACUGGAAGGGAAAAGAGAGUUGUUCUUAGAAAUGGAAAAAAAAUUGAAGAGUUUUUAUAAAAGUGUGCAAAAUGAUGAUAGGCUUCCAUGGGGUAAACGGAAAAUUCCAAAACCAAAAUACUCAAGGAACAAGGGCACAACUUAACGUAAUGGGUAAAAAAUAACGGGGGGGGGGGGAAGAAAGAGACUUCUUUUAUAUAAGCACAGAGAACGGAUAUGAUCUAUAGUUGUGGAAACAGUAGAUCUUAGUAUUUGUGAUUCAAGUUUUCUAAAAGUAUUUUGAUUUGUCAGGGAAAUGAGAACUUUCAUGGAAUAAGCUGGAAUAUGUUGAAACUUUGAGUAAGGAUGGCGAAUAACACUACUAAAAAGGUAAUGCAGAAAUAUAUAAUCGAGAUUGAGCGAGCUGUAUUCAUUAUUUUUCUUCCAGAAUUGAUGAGUCUUAAAAUAAUGGAGUCCAUUCAAUUUCCUGUUUGCGUCAGCUCUUUGAAAAACCUAAUCAAUUGAUGAAAAGCCUCCACUCCUCCCUUAUCCUUACCUGUUGUGACACUUGAAUGGCUUGCUUGGCUCGCUGGAAGGCAUGAAGACAUAGUACAGUACAUAAACUGUCUGCUCAACUUGAGGAUGAUCAAUACCAUGGUUCAUUGAAUUUUGAAGAUUAGAUCCACAUAUCAGUCACUAGAAAUUGCAGGUGUCCCCCCCCCCCCCGAUGUGGGGCAGCUGGUGGCAGGUCAGGGUUUCUUUCCCUUCCCAUUCUAUACCCUCUCUUUUUGGCUUAGAGGGAAAAGACAUUUCCCUUGGAAGCAGAUUCCCACUUUGUGAAGGAACAGACACCACUAAGUAGCAAUGGAAUGUUGUCUUUCAGCAUAUCAUGAAGCAGCUAUUUUAUGGUUAAGCUGAUGGUUAAUGGCCGAAAAACAAUCAAAUUUAUUAAGUUUCACUUAAUAAGUUGCUCUAGUGGACCUUGCAUUUAUAUUAUCUGGGUUACAGAUCUCAAACCAUAAUCACUAUUUUACAACAGGAGGGCAUCCACAGUUCUAGUAUUUAAGCUUGGAACUUCCUGGCAAAUUGCACUCCAAAUACUGAUGAGAAUGUGUAAUAGGCAGGUACUCCAAUUAAAGUACUGGACAGAUGAUUGCAAGAGAGAAGCAUUCAUGCAACACAGGCAAUAAUCUGCAAGGGUUUCUUGGUGCAUUGAUGCUAUAGAAGUUAUAGCGACUAUAGAAGUUAUGGAGGUCAUAGAAGUUUGCAAGCGCAUUGUAACCCAAGGAAAAAAUAUCACAAGGUGGACAUAAUGAUAGACGAGCUAGGGUUGUGUGGUAUCUGUAAUAUUUGUGUAAUAUUUCACUACAUAUUCAGUAUUUACCCAGUUGAAGUAUUUCAAAUGUAGUGUAGGGAUUUUUUUUUAUUUUUGAGGGGUGGGUUUAGUAAAUUAUUGUACAGAAGUUACUUGUUCGUGGCAUGUUUAUCAAGCUGUGCUUGUUAAUUGUUAUAUUGCCUGUUUGUUCUGUUUUAAAGUUUCUUAGAGUUUUUGAACGACUGCCUUACUUUCACAUUCAACAUAAACACAUUGCCUUAAAUUUUUAAAAUUAAAUCAAUCUUGUUAACUCAUUAAGACUGAUAUAACACAGACUGGUGAGAAUGUGCAAUGCUCAGCUUUUUCAUAAGUGCAACUGACCUUGGUAUUUAAAAGAGAAGACAUACAUAAUACACAAGACCAGCCUUACAAAUGCUAUUUAGCUGUGGAACAUGCAGCACAGCUGUACAGUGUGAGGCAUGGUAAUAAAGUUGAAAUCUCAGCAUUAACGCUGGCAAGUUUAAAUUUGCAUCAUUAAAUAAAUCCAGGAUGAACAAAUAGAAUAAAAAUGUUCAAAUUGCAAAAGGUUAGUCACAAAACCAGACUACCAUUAAAACUCGCCCGAUUCACUGUUGGGAAAGGUAUACACUGUUCAUUCAGUUGCACAGGUAUAAACCCAGCACCAUUGUAUUAACUGGCUCCUGAUAUUGUCCAGCAAACCUCAAUAAAGGGAUGGACAUUAACAACUGAAGUAAAAUAAGCUCCCCUAACAAAGUCAGUGUGUCUGACCAGGGUCCCUCACCAUUUAUACUUUGCAUAUUCACCAGUCUGUUGAGUGUCAUUCUGUUGAAAGGAGGCUGAAAAAAUAUGAUAUUCAUUUAACACACUGUAAAUAAUGCUUCACUCUGCCUGUGAGUUGACCCUUGCACCGAAUUUUGACCUGCUUGUACUAACUGGCUGGGAAUGCAGUGACCUCUCAUCUUCAUACAAUCUCUGAAAGAUGGUUCUCUGUGCUCACAAGAGACAACAGGUUGAAAGAUUACUGCCACCUGUUUUGCAAAUAAAGUUUUCCAUUAACCCAAUAGAAUGCCGUGCUAAAAUAGAAGAUGGGAAUGAUACAAAUGUGCCAAACUUUUCACAACACUAUGAAAGGAAAAGAAUCGCAACAAACCUCAGAGAAUGGACUUGAUAUUUAACAUUACUUUAAGCUAUCCAUCAAAAAUGAGAUGUAAAGAUGCUGAAAAAAAAACCCAAAUGCUGCAACUGCAUUGGAAACAGUAUGAGUUUCCUUGUAGCAUGUUUCCAGUAGGAGAUGCACUAGUAUGUUGGUUUUAGUUCUACAAUGGGAGGCAAAGUGAGUGUUAAGGACCAAAGAGCAGCAUUUUUGUUAAGUGUGCAUUAAUUUUGUUUGAUAGAUCUUGUGAAAUGUUUGAAACAGCAAGAAACCUGUGGUGGCCAGUGGUUCCCAACCUUUUUUUAUGCCAUGGACCAAUACCAUUAAGCAAGGGGUCCAUAGAGCCCAGGUUGGAAACUCCUGUGUCAAAUGCUCGAGUGAGGUAACCAAUGGCACUUUCAACCCAUCGCUGGAGGGAAGAGCAAAAGCUAGGUCAGAAAAUGGAGUUCAGGGAUGGAUCCAGGCUCAGUCUGAGUGGAGAGAAAAUACUCACAAAUGAUUGUAAAGAGAAAAAAAAAUGGAUGAUGAGAUUUGUUUUUGUCCAUGCUGUAUUCCCCUUAAUGUAACUUUUGUCAAUAAACUUGGUAUGCCAGUAACAAAUGUGUGAGAGUCUUACUUAAACUGGGUUGCAACUUUUGAAGUUUACAUCAUGGCCAAACAAAUCAGUAUUCCAGGAAAGUUCGUGGAGGCCCAUUCUUGUCAUACAGUAGUGCUAAUGGAAUAAGUGACUUCACUUGUGUGAAUGUAAUAUGAGCCACUAACAAUACCGCCUUUAAUUAAUGGUGCUUUCAAAAAAAAAUUAGGAUAUUUGCAUCAUGGAUCGCAGCAGAAACUGCAAUUAAAAGUGGAACAAUAAUACUUAAAAUUGCCCUCCCUUGUUCUAUAAUAACCAACCGAUGCUGGCUGUUAAUUGUGUUAAAUGCGUUAUCUUUGGUGUUUCCCCUUUCUUUUCCAAUAACCAUGUGUGCGACAGACCAAUGACGUCUUUACAGUAUGCUUGUUUUGAGAGGAGCUGAAUGCGAUGAAAUUGGUCAUCCAAUCAGUCUAGGUCAGAAAUUAAAGCCAGUUUGCCACAAAGUACAGGCCAGAAUCUAGCAAAGGCCUCGUAUAAAGGUCCUGGUGUAUCUGCUGGUCAACCAACAAAUCUAUGACACAUCAUCUAAAAAUUUCUGUCUCAGCUGGAUCAUGUCUAUAGUUACAACACAAAAGUGCAGAGCUGCUGAACGGUAAUCUUGAAGAAUAUCUCUAUGUACUUUUUAUUAAAAAUCAUACAAACCAAAAUAGUCUAUGGUGCACACUUACAAGAUUUUAGUUGGCAUAAGCAGUUUCCGCAGGAGCUAAUCACAAAGACAGUUUACUGAGACAAACGAGAUUAGCAAACAGAAGAUUCUAUCAUUCCUUUCACAGUAAAACAAGCAAAGUACCUCCUUAAACAGCAGCUACACAAAGCUAAAAGGUACCCCUUUAUUAAGUUAUUCAACUGGCCAUGUGCAAUGUAUAUAGUGUGGAUGACAUAAGGGGCAAUAAGUUGUUUCAAUACUGGAAGAGUCAUUUUCAUCAAAUUGUAGAAAUUUCUUAAUUGAUGAACCCAAACAAAGGUCCUUAACAACUGCAUUAACUUGUAAAGUUCAAGAAUAUUUGUGCCAUGACACCCCGUAGGAACACAAGCUCUGGUUCAGGAUUGUGACUUUAAUUCCACCUCAAAAAUAUGGAAUAAUUUUUUUUUAAGUUUAAUGGAUGCCGAGAAUUAUCAUUCACAUACUCAAGUAAAAAUGGUAGAUUUUGUUCCAACAGCAUUGUGCAGUGAACCCAUGGUCCUAUUUUCUGCAGACUGAUUCACGGGGAGUUUUAAACCUAUGGCAAAAAUCAAGGAAUUUAUAAGAUACUUGGAACAUAUGAAUGUGAGUGAUGUUGGUGCUGGUGAAAGGCACUCUCUGCUGGUCAAGUAGGGUUAAGUACUCCUACGUGAAGCAUAAUAGCCAGAUGCAGAGAAAAACUCCCCUCAUUCUUCUCCAACAGUACAAGUCUCAAUCAAUCUCUAGAGCACUUAACAUGACAAAUGCAUUUGUAGUCAAUUCCCAUU